AUGAGGUUUCUUCCCUGCCUGCUGUUUGUAUUUUCUGUCUUAGUUUCAGCUUCUGCUACUUCUCAAACAUGCACUAGCUCUCCUUGCCCAUCUCAUGCAAUCAAUGCUGAUUUCACUAUCAUCGUCGACGUCUCCAGUGCUGUAGGAGGCCAAUACGAGUUCCUUCAGCUCCAAACAUUCCUCGCCAAUUUCACAGCUGGCUUGACAUUUUCUCCUGAAGAUUCCCAGAUAGCUUUAUAUACUUAUUCGCUCUAUACUAAGACAUACACAACCCUCAACAAUGGCUCUGACCCUGCCAAUGUUCAAAAAGCCAUUCAGUCUAUGACUUUCGACAAAUCGAAUGAUCGUCAGCUUUUCCAAGCUUUGAGUAGAGAAGAGAAUGAAGUAACGAAAGCUAAUGGUCUCCGUGAUGGAUACAAACGCAUUCUCAUUGUUAUCAGUGCUGAUAGAUGGACUGGAACGUCUGUUAUUGGAAGUUCCGUGUUGACCAAAGUACAGAAGAAGUAUGACAUGGUCAUGGCUGUCGGUUUGGGUUUCAACUCUGUAAAGAAUCAGGGCGAUGUACUUCCUCAAUUCACAGGAAAUAAUGAUUACGUUUUCUUCGCGGCCAAUAUUAAUCAGCUUCCUUAUGUAGGCCAAUGGCUGUACAACUAUGCUUGUCCAGGAACUCAUAUGACAACCACAACUGUUGGUCCAUCUACCGUGCCUACACCAGCUCCAUCAGUUCCUUGCUCGCUCUCCACCCUCAACUAUGAUGUAUACUUGAUCGUUGAUAUUUCUUCAUCAAUGAGCUCAAGCGACUUUGAAGCCAUGAAACAGUCUUUGAUUAAUUUCGUCAAGCCUUUCCCAGUUGGUGAUGGCAAGACUCAAUUCGCUAUGUUUGGUUGCUCUAUUGAUUCCGAACUGUACUACACAGGUUUCCACCAAGGGCAGACCAUGUCAUCUCUCAUCUCUACUAUUUCAACUUUGACUCAGGAUGGCUCAAGCGGACAAGCCCUAGAGCUUUCAUUAGAAGCAAUUGACAAGGCUUACUUAAGCCGUAACUACCAAACAAGUAACAAACUUGUUGUUUAUGUAACUGGAACAGCCAAUUUUGAUGUCAGCCCAAACAAUGAGAUGAAGCAAUUAUCUCAGAAGUAUGGACUUAAGGCUGUCGCUGUUCAAUGGACAGCUGGAGCUGCUAUUUCAAAUCUUCAAGGAUUUGCCGGUGGUAGUGAUUGCGUCAAUGCUGCAACCACAUCUACUCAGCGUAACAACGUUGCUGCCUGGCUUCAAACUAAGAUGUGCGGAAAGAAGUUCUGCUACUGA